AUGGUUGAAAAAUGGUUAAUAUGUUUUCUUUUCUUCCCUUUGAUCUCUUCUCAGUUUCUAAGUUUGAAUCUUCAUCGUCAUCAAAGCUGUCCUCAUCGGAAAAAUGCGCAUUGGUCGAAAAAAAUUGAGUUUGAGGGAAGUCAGAACGGGAAAGGAGCAACUCUUGAGCCAACUGGACAAGGAUGUUACCAAAUCAAGGGAAAAGUAACAAUUCUGGAAGACCUGACAAACGAACUCCUCAUUUAUCUUUCCGUGUCUACUACUGGAGAUACCACAAAACCACCAGAGCCUUGUCGAGAUCCUAAUCUGGAAACAGGGUGUGGCGGUGUGGGCUCUUGCUUGUUUUGCCGUCCUUGCCACUCUCUCGAAGGAAUCGGGAAGGUUCUCGGAGCCCAACUUGUCGUUAACGGAAAAACAAUUGGUUGUGAGCCUUUGAAGAAAGGUUCUUAUGAUGAUGUGCAGCUGAAGUUCUGCGUUCCUGAAGUGAGCAAACUGAUUGCUUGGCAAGGAAUCUCAGAGCAAGCUAUUGAUCAUAUUUUAGCUGCUACAACUCAGGAAGGAAAUAGUGUGCCGAAGUUAAAUCUAUUCGUGACAGUCUUCAUUUUCGACAAAGAUGUUCGGCCUCUACUAACGGCACAAAGAAAACUGGAGAGCCGUAUAAAGGAGUUACGGAACAUGACAUUGGAUUCAGAGUUAGACAGUCACACCUAUUGGAAUCUUCCUUUCAACCAAAUAAUAAAGAAACAAACUCAGUUCAUUGGUUGCCACAAACUAUUUGGAACAGUUUCAUUGACCGAAACACAUAAUUAA